GACUCCAUGGACAUAGUCCCAAUGGGCUCCCUUCGGCACUGCUGCUGCCAGCUGCCUAAGAUGGGUGACACUUGGGCCCAGCUUCCCUGGCCAGGGCCCCCCCACCCUACUAUGCUGCUGAUCUCCCUCCUCUUGGCAGCCGGGGUGACACACUCAGAUGCCAGCACCAGCUGCCCAGUCCUUUGCACAUGCCACAACCAGGUUGUGGAUUGCAGCAGCCAGCGCUUAUUCUCUGUGCCUCCAGACCUGCCAAGGGACACCCGCAACCUCAGCCUGGCCCACAACCGUAUAGCCGCCGUGCCGCCCGGCUACCUCACGUGCUAUGUGGAGCUCCGGGUGCUGGAUCUGCGCAACAACUCCUUGGUGGAGCUGCCCCCCGGCCUCUUCCUCCACGCCAAGCGUCUGGCACACCUGGAUCUCAGUUACAACAACCUCAGCCACGUGCCAGCUGACAUGUUCCAGGAGGCCCAUGGACUUGUGCACAUAGACCUGAGCCACAACCCAUGGCUGCGGAGGGUACACCCCCAGGCCUUCCAGGGCCUUGUGCAGCUCCGGGACCUGGACCUCAGCUAUGGAGGCCUGGCUUUCCUUAGCCUUGAGGCCCUUGAGGGCCUGCCAGGGCUGGUGACCCUGCAGAUCGGUGGUAACCCGUGGGUGUGCGGCUGCACCAUGGAACCCCUGCUGAAGUGGCUGCGGAACCGGAUCCAGCGCUGCACAGCAGAUUCUCAGCUGGCUGAGUGCCAGGGUCCCCCUGAGGUCGAGGGCGCCCCCCUCUUCUCCCUCACUGAGGAGAGUUUCAAGGCCUGUCACCUGACCCUGACCCUGGAUGAUUACCUCUUCAUCGCAUUUGUGGGCUUCGUGGUCUCCAUUGCCUCUGUGGCCACCAACUUCCUUCUGGGCAUCACAGCCAACUGCUGCCACCGCUGGAGCAAGGCCAGCGAAGAGGAAGAGAUUUGACGUGGUGCCUCUCAUCCCUCUGUGCUGCUGCUGACUGCUGGACAUCUCCCCUGACUGCCCCUUUUGGUUCCAUGGUGCCUGGGUGCCUUGGUCAUGGUUCAAGCAAGGUCAGGAAACCAACUAUGUGUGAGCAUCUACUUUGGGCCAGACACUGCGCUAGGAACUUGGAGUGUGAGAUGAUUCAACCCAGUCCCUGCCCCUGAGUCUCUUCCCUCUGGUAGAGAAGAGAAAUUCAAAAACUAUUCCCUUUAAGACAAUAUGUCAGGACUCUGAGCACAUAGUUAUGGAAGCCCAGAGGAGAUGCCAUCAACUCUGUCUAGCAAAGUCCAAGAGAACUACAAGAAUGGAGCGAUUUAUGAGCUGGGUCAUCAGAAAAUGUCUACUUUGUCAAGAAGACAGAGAAGAAUGGACAUAAGUAAAGGACAGAGGUCAGAACAUACAUGGUAUGUUGAGAAAAGUGAACAAUUCCUUGUGACCUAAGUGUAUAGAGGGGCAGGGCAAAGAAGCAAAAUUGUCCCUCUGACACCCAAUCAGUCUGCUUUCAGUGCUGCCAACCACUGCUCCAGAGCAUGAGAAUGCCUCCCGCCAGCACCCUUUGUCUCUCCCCACCAGCAACUACCAGGUGAUAGCAUCUCCUGGUGAACACCCUCAUACAUCGCCAACUGUAGCCUGCUGGUGAGGCCCCAGGAGGCAGGCUGAGGACGGACACCUUCAGUGCCCCUUCUCCUACCCUGUCCCCUGCCUCUCAAUCGAGCCUUGGCUUCAGGAGAGGGAGGCAGGAAGCCCAGCAACCAGGGCAGAAAGAGUCCUGGCCUCCUGGAACCCCAAUCUUGUGACUGUUCAUGCCAUGAUGCUCACACCAAGGGAUCUCACCAGGAAAGUGCACUACAGGAAAGCCUGCUACAGACCCAUAGCAUGACAGUACCCAGGGCUGAAGGAGGACAAAGCCACCACAAUCAUGACCGUAGGAGGGUUUGCUUUUUCUUCUAAGCAACUCACCCAUUUAAGCAUAAGGGUGAGAGAGCUAUUAAUUACUGAGCACUUGCCAGUGUCAGGCACUGUGAUAAGCUGUCUCCACAGACAAUUCCCUUUAACACGCACAACAAUCUCUUGAGGUGAACAUUGUUGUUCCCAUUUUACAGAUGAGGAAAUUAAGGCUUAGAGAGGUUAAAGAAACGUGCUACUUAAUAAGCAAAAUUAGGUCUGUGUUCCUUCCACUGCCCCAUCCAAGUUGGGGAACAUCACUUCUCCCUCUAAAGUUACAUAAAUUCAAAUUCAAGUAGUGCUGAUGAAGUUCCUCAUAAGGGCCAGACACUCCUCUGGGCACUUUUCUAUCUAUUCAUUUAAUUAUUUCAGUUCUCACAGCAACACUGCCUGGUGGCUUUUAUUAUCCCAUUUUACAGACGAAUUAACUGUAAAGAGCUGAGUAACUGGCCCAAGGUUAUCUGGGAGGUGAUAGGCAGCUGCAUUCAGGGAAACUGCAUCUAAUCAGUCAGAAAUCAAGUAACUUUAAGUGCAAAGCACAAUUGUCAUCACCGUUGUCAUUGUCAUCAUCAGUUUCACCACUAUCUUUCCUGUGUUUGCUCAGCACUGGUUCCUUCAUGAAGUGCUAUUGUGUCAUUCUCUUUCAAUCUUCACAACCCUGUGCGGGAGGCAAACCAAGCAUCAGUAAUCCUAUUUUACAAAGGGGAAAUGGAGGCUCAAGAUUGGGUAGGACUUAACUAAGUGGCAAGGCUGGCACUCAACUCCAACAUAGUUCUUUCUAAUGCUUAAUGCUUUCCCAGGUGCUUGUGAAAGAGAAUGCCUGGGAAGGCUGGUAGUGGAGCCCUAGAAUUCAGCAGCCAUGAAUGUGCCAAUAGAUCAGCUACAUAAAGGGCAGUAAAACCUAGUGGCUGUGCAGAUUUACACAUGCUCAAGGUAGGACAACUUGCAGCCUCUGAAGCAUAGAGGCAGCACAGGUAAUGUCAAGUAGAAGAUACCUGCUUUACAAUGUGUAAAUAAAAUACUAGAACUGGUGGCCAUAGUGGCAGUCAUGUGAAAAACAAAAUCUUUUAGAGGGAGGAGAGGAAGCUGUGUUAACCACUCCUGGUCAAGCUCUGCUGGGGUUGUGUUGCAAGAGAUUCCAAGGGAGCAGAGAAAGCUAUAGGUGAGAACCUCUUUCAACUCCAAAAUGUUGGCAAGGCUGGCCAAAAUGAGAAUUGUAACAGGAUUUAUAAUUAUUAUAAUUAUUAUUUAUAACAGAAUUAUAGCAGAAUUUCUACCAUGCCCCCAACUCUAGUGGGCUUCCAUCAUCCUAUCCAAGAGAAGGGCCUGGAAGGAAUGAAGGAGCAUGUCCUGUCAUCUUCCAAGUGUCCCCUCACUCAUGCUUCCUGGAGCUAGUCAACCAAAAGCAUCCCCAGAAACUUUGCUAAACCUGGGGUACUUGAACCCCGUGUCCCCUGAAUCUUGCUUGCAACAUCUGGGCCAAAGCUCUUGCUCCAAUGACAUCUGGAGCAAAGCUGUGCUGUGCUCUCUUCUUUCACUACAGCCAAGUAUAGCGUCUCAAGCUGUUCUCCACCUGUGAAGCUGAUGGCCUAAUGUAUUUGGAGAGGAACUUUCAGAAAUAAUAGUCUUGAUGAAAUAGUUAAGUUUCCCAUAGAGGCAUACCACAUACAUGUAUAAUAAUCUCCUAGAGACUAUUGUUGUUGAAAUAUAGGUAAUAUAUUUUAAGAUAUGUACUUUUUAUUGCAUAGAACUAGAACCAGACAAGAAUCAAAUAUCCUUUGAGAUCAAACGUCCUUUCUAGCAGGAUAAUCUAGCCUCCAUUAAUGUCAAAUCUUUCUGAGCAAGAUCCAUGGCUUCUAAAGAACAAAUGAUCCUCCAGUUGCUAGAAGGUCCCCAGUUAACUAAAGCACAAUGAAGAAAGCAUUCAACCACCUUACUGCCAAGGAAUUCCCUGCUUUUCCCACCACCACCACCAUCUUCUUCAAGCUAUCAGAAGCAAGCUUCUAGAGAUAAUUUAGCAGCACUGGCCAGAAUUGCUACCAAAUCCCUGGUGACCACAAAGCUAUUAUGGUGUUCCCACAAGGCUUCAUUCAAUCUGUUCCCAACUGGUUAACAUAUAUGUGAUGGGGUAUCUCUGCAUCUGUACAUCUGUCUGUGAAGUUCCAUUUAUUAUGUUGGUUAUCUGCUGACAUAGUACAGAUCUCUUUGGAAUUUGGGUUCAGUUUUCUGACACAGUCCACUCAGCCAUCUGCUGAUGGCAUCAUUUGAUACACUAAGAUGGAACCCCACCAGGUUUGGGUUGAGGCUGGCUGCUCAGAAAAUAUAAAAAAUAAAAAUCUGUGGCAGAGACAUCCUAAUGAGAACCUGACUUCUCCCUGCUUCCCUCUUUUCUCUUCUACCCCUCAGAGACUUGUCCUCACCUCAGAAGCUUCCUUCAUGUUGGGCCUGAGGAUAUUAAAGUUUAGCUAACCAACAAGACUAUGGUGGUCAAGGUCUGGGCCAAGAAAAUUGUUCUUUAGAAAAGACCCCACAUCUGUACCACACCACUCUGGACCAGUUGCCUCUGGUCACCCUCAGAUGAAUCCUCAUCUGUGUGUUUCUCCAUUCCUACAGGGAUUCCCAGGGAACCUUAGAAUAGGUCUCCAGAGUUGCUACAGAGUUUCAAGGCACGCUAUAAGAAGCUAGAUGCAUAGAAUUUAAACAGACCAAUAUAGGUAUUUCUCUUCAACAAACAAGGAAGACCUACAGCCCCUAUUUUCCCCAUAGAUAUCUUUGUUGACAUUCUUUCCAGUGCUAGAAGAGUAUAAGUAAAUUUCUUCACCCAUUCUUCAAAAGGACAUCCUCCCAAAGCUACAGAAAUUUGUCUGCUCUUUCUCACCCCAGAAAGAGGCCAAAGGGAAGUGAGGAAAGCAAGUCACAAGGUCCUUUGUAAAUCGUCAUUGUGUUUGCCACAGCACUGGAUGGAGAGUUGGAUCUACAGAGCUCUCAGUUUUUCUAAGCGCUGUCCUGCAGAGUCUUGAUGUCUGGGCAUGGGAGGGCUAGGGAGGGGUGGGAUUAAAGGGAAGAUGCUAACCUUUGUGUAAAGAUGAUUUUAUAACCAUGCACUUUUGUAACUGUGAAGAAUUUUUCAUAAAUGCACAUUAAUAAUAAAGACUGUAUAGUUUAACAAA